CAGAACGCGGUAACUAUGGAUAACAAAAAACGCUUUCCGGGUCUAAUCGAGCAUAAUAAAAACUCACCGUUGAAAAUACUGGACGUACGAUCGAUAAAUGAGACACUCCCCACAUCCAGCUACACGCUACACAAGGCGGAAGCAGCCGAACAGUCGGAUGAUUCAUCUGGAAGUGAAAAAGAAUUGGUGAUUGACAUGGAGGACGCCGAACCCGAGCCUCAGGAUCAUGAAGAAGAGUUUUUCGUGCAACAAUUGGGCCUUGAAAUACCGCAUGCAGCGUGUAAAAUCGAAUUAGCACCACCGUCAUCAGCAUCGCAAACGACCCCAAAGAAUCGAAUCAAUAGAAGAAAAAGCCAACACAUUCGGUUGGAGAAUGCGGACAUAAUGUUUGAGGCGCCGAUUGACCCAGGAUCAGCACUGGAACCAAAAUUAGAACCAGAAACAGAACGAGAUGAGUUGCAAGAGGCUAUCGAAUCGAAUCGUUACAUUAUGCAGCACAUUGCGCUGUUGCGUACAACGAUAAACCAUCUGCUGCAGCAGCACCAUCAAAGUACGAUCGCUUUUCCCAACAAAGCGUGUGAUUUCGAGACGGUGGAAUCAUGGAUGGAAAGCUACGAGCAGAUAAAGUACGAUACCUUGCCAGGAACUAGUCAAGCGAAAGUGAAAAAAUAAGCAUAGCAUAGUAUACUGUUUAAAAAUGACUUACCAUAAUGUAUAAUAUAGUAAUGUAAGCAUACGGCAGCAGUAACUAAUAAUAAACAUCCAUUGGUUAAAACGUAUCAUUGAGCAUAGUAAUAUAUUUUAGAGGUAAAUGGCUUAUCAGGUUAGGUUUGGUUCAAGGAUGACUAAAAAAAGGCCGUGCAGUACAUUCAGAUGUAAUUUGUUUUAUUAAAAAUCUUUCCAGAGUUUUCGUGGUACAUUAAAGAAAUCCAAAACCAAUAAAAAACUAACAUGUGGUGUAAAGGAUUUCCGUAGAAGAAAAGUGGAAAAGUAAAGCUUAGAAAGGAAUACGAAACAUGAAGGUAAAAUAUCCGACAGUAACGCGCUCUAAAGCAUAAUCGUUUAAAAACGUUCAGUAUUUU